AUGGGCCUUCUCAUGAGCACCAAGCAUCUCAUCUCCCUGGUCUGGAGCCCUCUGGCCAGCUUUCUGUCCAAACACUACAACAAGAGGAGGGCAGUGAUUACAGGGUCUCUGGUCUGUUCAGCAGGGGCAGCCCUCAUCCUCCUGCUUAUCCCAUCCACAGGCGUCGAGACGCUGACCAGUCACUGCAACAUCUCUCACCUCAGUGUGAGCUCCACUGAAGAGCUGAGUGACUAUGUGCGUGUUGUUGGCAGUGUAAUGUCUACCACCCACACUACCAUUGUGUCCCAUAAAGGAGGGAAGAGAAAUGUCUUAGAGUCCCACCACGGUGCCUCUAAGACUUCACCCACAGUGAGGAGGGUUAGCAGGUCAGCAGAAAAGGAGAAGCAGAGGGAGAAGGAUGAGGACCGCUUAGAGUUCCUGGGCAGCCUCAAAGUUAUGGACGUCCAGCACCAGCUCUUCUUCAUGCUCCUCAUCGUGGUGUCGAUAUGGGAGCUGAUGGCCGCCCCUCUGGAAUGGACAGUGGACGAUGGGCUCUAUGAGUAUUUGGAUUUUGUGGAUGCGUCUGAUCGCUAUAGUAGUACAGGAGUGUGGGGGUUGCUUGGGGCUGUGUGUGGGGCGAGUGGUGCAGGACUGCUGGUGAGCCACCUGGACUGCCUCAUUGGCUCACACACACCCAGGGAAGCUGUCCACUUCUACUCCUAUGCAGCUGUGACAACCCUGGCCGUGCCUGUGGUGGCCUUCCUGCCCCUCUACCUAAACAAGAAGCGUAGUCGAUCCACUGGGCUCUUCAAAGCUUUACAGCUGGUGCGAGGGGACCUCCGUGCCCUGCUGUGUGCUGCCACUGCCUUCCUAAUGGGGCUGGCGGGGUCUGCGGUGGAUGACUUACUGCUGUGGCAGAUGCAGGACCAUGGGAGCAGCGAGCUGCACAUGGGCCUCUCUUUAGCCGUACCGUUGCUCUCCCGGGCCGCCUUCCCUCUGCUGAGUGGCCGGGUGUCGAAGCUCCUGAGCCCAGGCAGGGUCCUGCUGGUGGGGACGGUCUGCCUGGCCCUGCAGUGCCUUUACUACUCCUUACUGUGGGGCCCAUGGACUGCAAUACCUGUCCAGGUGCUGAGCUGCUUCAGCAGUGGCGCCCUCUGGUGGGCAGUGCAAGUGCAGUGCGAGGACGUGACCACGCCGGGCACAGAGAGGAGCGUGAGGAGGGUCUACCAGGCCCUCUCUCUGGACCUGGGGGCAGGGCUGGGCAGCAUGGCCGGGGGGUUUGUUGUCCACAGGUUUGUAUCUGUGCUAUUCAGAGGGGUAGCGGUGAUGCUGCUCCUGUGGUGCCUGUUUCUACCCCUGCUCCAGUGGAAAGCCCCACCCCAACGCAGGAUCAACUACUCCCGCCUCCUCGCUUCUGACACCAGUGAAGUGAGCGAAUCAGAGUCAGAGCAGGAGACAGACUGGCUGGAGAAAGCCUUGGAGGAUGACGAGCAAUAAUAACAUGGGUUGGAGUAUAAAUCAUUAGACCUAAGGAACAAUAUGCAACAUAAUGGAAGGAUGACAGUAUCAAUUCUGCUCCUGGAGGAUUCCAUCACCACUUACAGACAUGUUACUCUUCAUUUAGUCUGCCUUCUUGCUGCUCCACAAACUGCUAAGUGAAUCUGUCACAGGCUGGUUGAAUUGAAAACCCAGUAUUGCUUUUUAAUUCUCUUUACUGCAGCUUUAUUAAUUUAGUGCUAAUGCUCUAGCACUCCCCACCUGCCCAGAAGGCGUUUAGCCUUCUUCAGUUAAACUAAACACAUGGACUGCAAGCCUCACUAUUGCACUGGAGGUAGAUCCACUGUGAAUGCAGAGUGAUGAUGAACUGUAAUUUGCAUAAGUUAUCAAGAAACUCUGGAUAGCAAAUAACGGAGAAGA